AUGGCCUUGAAUCGAGGAGUCGACACGACCGAUGAUUGGCUACUGCCGAGUGCCGACUGCCAUCUAAUCGAGGAGCCGAGUGCCGACUGCCAUCUACUUGUCGUGCUCGAGAGUGGUAACUCAGUAACUGAUAUUAAACAUGUUUCCGAGAUCACAACCAUCAGGCAUGAAAAUGUGUCUGAAAAUCCCAUUGAAAAUGUGUCUGAAAAUCCCAUUGAAAAUGUGCCUGAAAAUCCCAUUGAAAAUGUGCCUGAAAAUCCCAAUGAAAAUGUUUUUGAAAAUCCCACUAAGAAUGUUUCUGAAAAUCCCAAUGAUUUUGUUGAAAAUAUUGAAAAUCUGUGUACUAAUGAAGUUGGGGACGAUGAAAAUCCAUGUAAUGAUGAAGUUCCUUUGAAUAUUUUUGAUCCAAGGAUAUUCAAAACUGCUUGGUCUAGAAGUCAAUUAGCUACCGAAGGGAUAAAUGAUUGGAGGCAUUUAGGUGAAACAUUAAGUUUGCAUGAAAAUAGUUUUGAGCAUAUGAUUAACUUGAGAACUUGGACUGAGUUGCGAGUGAGAUUGAAUAAAAAUCAAACAAUUGAUAAAGAAUUACAAGAAUUGAUUAAGAAAGAUACAGAUCAUUGGAAAGAAGUUUUGAUUAGAAUAAUUGCUGUUGUGAAGUGUCUAGCACAAUAUAAUUUGGCUUUUCGUGGAUCAAAUGAAAAAAUUUAUCAAAAUUCUAAUGGGAAUUUUUGGAGUGUGAUUAUUAAAAAAAUCAAAGAGGCAAAGUAUUUUUCCGUAAUUCUUGAUUGCACUCCUGAUGCAAGUCACAAGGAACACAUGACUUUGAUUAUUAGAUGUGUUGAUAUGUCGUGUGCUCCCGUAAGUGUAGAAGAGUUCUUCUUAGAAUUUUUGGUUGUAGAGGAUACAUCUGGUUUAGGUCUCUUCACUGUGUUACAAGAUGUUUUAAAAUCUCUAGAUUUAGACAUUAAUUGUGUGCGAGGACAAGGUUAUGAUAAUGGAUCUAAUAUGAAAGGAAAACACCAAGGUGUUCAAAAAAGAUUGUUUGAUGUAAAUCCUAGAGCAUUUUAUAUGCCAUGUGGUUGCCAUAGUCUUAACUUAGUUUUGUGUGAUAUGGCAAAUUCUUGUUAUAAAGCAAAAACGUUUUUUGGAACAUGUCAAACAAUAUACAAUGUGUUUGCUAAUUCUACCAAGCGAUGGAAUGUUUUACUUGAGUUUAUUGAUGAUUUGACUUUGAAAUCUUUGUCUACUACACGUUGGGAAAGUCAUAUAGAAAGUGUUAAAGCUAUAAAAAGUCAAUUUGCUCAAAUAAGGGAAGCUUUGUUGAAAUUAUCUCAAGUUAGCGAUGAUGGAAAAUUAUGUAGAGAUGCUGAAUCUUUGGUAAAUGGUGAACUUUCAAGUUUUGAAUUUAUUGUCAGUUUGGUUAUUUGGCAUGAAAUUUUGUAUAAAAUCAAUUUAGUUAGCAAAAAGUUACAAUCUAAAGAUAUGCUACUUGAUGUUGCGUUUGAUGAGAUUCCAAAUACGGAAAGAGAACAACAAUCUGCUCAAGAAACAUUUAGAACUGAUUAUUUUCUUGUUUUGGUUGAUAUGGCUUUAUCUCAAUUGAAGACUAGAUUUGAGCAAAUGAAAAUUUUUGAAUCGAUUUUUGGUUUUAUGUUUGAUGGGUCGAGGUUGGUUAAUUUAAAUGAUGAAGAAUUGAAAAACUCUUGUAUGAAUCUUGAAGUUGCAUUAACAAAUGGUGAUGAUUGUGAUAUUGAUGGGAAAUAUUUGUUUAUGGAAUUACAAAUUUUACAAGAAAUGUUACCGUCGGAAGCAUAUAAAGGAGAAAAGCCAUGGACAUCAAUUGAGAUUUUGGAGUUUGCAAAGAAGAUGGAUAUGUUUCCAUAUGUGUUGCUUGCAUAUAGGAUUUUGCUGACUAUACCCGUCAUGGUAGCAUCUGCUGAAAGAAGUUUUUCAAAGCUAAAGUUACUGAAGUCAUAUUUGCGGUCUACCAUGAGUCAAGAAAGGCUAAACGGGUUAGCAAUUUUGAGUAUUGAAAGUAAAUUUUUAACGAAUGUUGAAUAUGAAAAAAUAAUUGAUAUUUUUGUUUCAAGAAAUGCACGAAGACAUCGUUUUAGAUGA